GUCUUCCGGAGUUCAGUGCAGGAAGUUUGUGUAAUUGUGUGUGUGAGAGAAAGAGAGAGAGAGAGAGAGAGAGAGAGAUUCUUUUCAGAUGAAAUGAAACUGAAGGACUGGAGAGAAACAAAAAGGAUCCAAAAAGACCUUCAAACUCUGGUGAACCCAAAACUUUACUGGCACCCAGAUUCCUGCCCCUGAGCACCUUCAUCUUCAUCUUCAUCUUCAUCUCCUCACAUCCCACUGUUGAACCUCCUUUCAUCAACCAGCACAUCACUGAACUCCACACGACACCACCAGGAUGCUGAAGAGUGAGCUGUAGUUCUCGGAUCAUCAUGCCGUCAUCAGGAGACACCGAGGUCUUCAUCCCAGAGCAGGCGAGCGUCAUCACCGUUCCAGUUUGUUGUCUGCCGUCGUCCAUCACCAGAAAGAUGUCCAUGUGUCUCGUUCACUCUACGUGUCCUGCGACCUUUAUCUCCCCGGUGGAACUGAGGAACAAAGGGACGACUGAGACACCACGACCUUUGACCCCGGGACAGGUCCUCCUGCCGGUCGUGACCUCAAACCAAAAAGCUUUUAGAAUUCUCCAAAGAUUUCUACACUCAGGUGAGAACUCGCUUCAGAUCCCUGAUGAAACGUCACCAGCAGGUUCUUCAUUUUCCAGAAGGAGCCACUCAAUCGUUCUGUUUGACAAACAGAUUUUCCUCGUCGUAACAAAAGCCAAAGCUUGUGAUUGGUCACUGAAAAAACGAAACCCCACCCCAUAUGAGUGUGAAGCCCCUCCCCUGGACUCACCUGUAACAACGUCUUCGCUGCAGGAUGGAGGAAAUGACAUCACUGACGGGCGGAAUAAAGAAGGUACCUGUGGAGCAGAGGAUGAUGAGAAAUGUGCAGAGAAGCAAGGUGGUGAUGGACUGAUGGAGUGUGAAGAGCAGAAUGAUGAUGAUGAUGAGCUAACUGACAGGAGGAGGAGUGAAGAUGGCGCUGGUGCUGCAGAGGAGCAUGGGAAAUGUUCAGAGGCGUCGGAGGAAAGAGUAAGGUCCGACCCACUGAGGAAAGACGUAAGCACGAACAUGCCGCAACAGAUAAAGAUGGAGGAGAAGCGAGGUGUUAGCACUGCGGUCGGAGAGGCUCAGGGUGCGCCAGCUAACGCUGACGAGCGUACAGACGAAGACUCCGCUACCGAGACGAGAUUAUGUGCUCAAAGUCAGACAGGAAAUGAACAGAGUUCUGGACAUCUGGAAACCGGCGAUAGUGAAUAUCAACAGUCAUCAGCUAAACCCAAAUGUUGCAAACGUAUAAAUUUCCCUGCGGCACAGAGUCCGUCGGAUGUGAACGAUCGUCAGGAUAAAAUUGAGGUAAAAGGUCAAGUCGGCGAAUUAGACGGCGAGGUCACGGAUACAAACAACGGCGAUCGGGUUCUUCAGGACGCCGGCGAGAACAGCGACGUAGAUGAUCCGAAAAGUAACGGCGGAGAUCCGAGCUCCAGCUGCGAAAGCGACGUCGAGAUUGUAGACGUAUUAGACAGUUCCGGUAGCGCGGGCAUCAGAUCCAGCGCUAGCAAAGUGGAGAAUUUCCUGGAAAAGUGCGAAAACCUCAAACGAAUAAUUAAUGAAUACGUUCACUCGCAGGGUUCACCGUUUACACGUCUGAAACGUGACGACGUCGCCAUGGAAACGGGUGCCAACCGCGAUGUGGCUAAAGGUGAAUUCAAGGUCGAGAUGAAUUCGGAACCGAUCUGUCAGGCUAAAAAUUCUAACCGUGACGUUGAGAUCAUCGAGGUUGUUGAUGAUGAUGAUGAAGAUGAAGAAACCUCGUGGACGCCAAUGACGUGAAUGGAAACUUCCCCGCGUUUGAAAGUCCUGCUCAGAUAAAAACAGGAGAUGCAAUAAAAUCCUCGGAUAAAGCUAACGCCCAUAAAUGUGAUGUAGAGAUCGCCGACUUACGUGAGAGCCGACGUGACGGUGCUGAAUGUCAGAAUUUGUUGGAGAAGAUUGAAAGUCGCAAGCGGCGUGUUUCCGAUGGGAACGAUGAGACGCGUUCGGAUGCGAAAGCCGUAACUCCGGCUCCAAUGAUCCAAACUGAAGAUCCGUCUCCUAAACGCUUGAAACCGGCGGACGUUCAGAGCGCUGCCGAGGAUCUCGCUUCAUCAAGGAGCUCGGAGGAACCGAAUCCAAGCAUAGCGCCUGAAGAAGAAUCGGAAAGUUUGCUUGACUGUGAUGGCGAGGACGCUCUCAUGGUACAGGACAACUGUUUCUCUCCGGCUAGCUUCACUGACGAUCCUGGUCCUGAUGUAGCGAGUUCCCAAAGUUCUGGAUGUUUCUCUGAACUUCAGAUCAGUAAUGUGGUGAGUUUAACGGCUCCAGUCGAGCUUCCUGAGAGCCGAGCGUCUGACUCAGGGGUGAGCAAUUACAGCAUGCAUGAUGAGGAAGUAAGUCACGACUUGGACUACAAGGUGCUGAAGUGUGAGGAGACCAUCAACCAGAUCCGAGCGAAACUCCGAGGAAUGGAGGAGAAACUCGACACCUUGAACUGUUAACUGUCCUGAACCCCAGCGCUGAGGAUCAGAGCUUUCUGUCCGUUUUUCUGUUCAAAUUACUGCACAUCGUUUUCCAGUCAGUAUUCGUCUAUAUUAGAGUUUAUUAUUGAAAUAAACAGUUAAAACAGUAAACACUUUAUACACACAUGUAAUAGUUUGUAAUGUGUACAUGUAAUAUUUAUUUUUCUUUCUUCUUUUCUCGUUAUCAAGACUUCAUUUUCUCCUGAACAGAGCAAAGGUGUUGGGCAUAAGAGCACGUUCUAGAGGCAGCAGCAGCAUCGCAGCAGCAUGGACAAUAACCACAACCACACGUGACCGCGGGCACGUGAACGCCGCUGCCGUGCUGCCGCCUCGAGAACAUGCUGUUAUGACCAAUGCACAGAAAUAGAAAUUACUUUAAUAUUAUUAAUAUCACAAGAAAACAAUGUUUAUGUAAAAAAAAAAAAAAAAAAAGGAUAUUAUAAUGCGGUGUCACUUUGGACUUGUGUGUAAAUGUGUUUUUUUUGUUUGAAGAAUGUAACGAAGUCACAUGACAUUUAAAUAAAAGUGCAAUUAUUUGUUUAGUCUCCAUAA